UGUUUGCGAAAACUCACGCAGCAGUCGUGCAUGUGCAAAGGAAUGGAAGGCCUAGUACUUGGCAAGAGAUACAGACCGGUUACAGAACUUGCGACCAGUAUUGUGAAGAGACAGGUUGAGAUUGAGGUGAUAAUGACGCUAACCCAUAGAAAAUGCAAAUAAUUGUGUAGUACUAAUAAGUAGAAAUGUCACUUGCCUCAAAGGCAGCUCUGGGCGUAUCCCUGCUAGUUAGUAUAGGGAUUGUUGGUUAUGUUCAUUAUAGACAGCAAAUUGACAGGGAAAAAAUGCACGAAGGAGUGAUACGUGAUGUGUAUCGGCAACAACAGAAAAAGACUCAAAACUUGUAUUUCCUACAGAAACAGGCUGACCUAACAGAACAAUUACGAAAAGAAAAAACAUGAUUGUAGAAAUGAGUUAUUCUUGAUUCAUUUGUAAUUAAGGAUACAGUUGUGUGAUUGUCAAUGCAUAGGCAUAUAGUAUUUUUGUUCUCAUUAGUUUUUAUUUUAUGUAGUGUUAGCAAAUUUGUGAGGCAUUAUGUGCACUAGUGCAUUAACACCACAUGAGGUCGUACAUUUGUAUGGUAUUUAAUAAUUGUAUUUCCAUGAAAUAAAUUUCAAUUUUCUCUGUUCUGUCAAUUUAACAUAUUUGCUUUCUUGUUUACAAACUUUCUUCUGUCCAUGUGGGUACAUUUUUUAAUGUAUGUCAAUUUUGCACAUAUUUUCUUCAGUUCCUCUUUAACUUUUAUCUAUUACCAUUUUCUGUUAUCAGGUGAUGAACAAAUGUUAUACAAUUUUGAAGAUUUAGAUGAAGGGGUUCAUGUUGUAUGUGUGUGUGUGCGCAAAGACUCUUUAAUAUCAGAAUAUAACUAAUAUAUCUAAGAGAUACGUAUGAAAAAUUUAUAUCCUUAGUUUCAAACACAGUAUUUGAAAUUGUAUGGGAAUAGAAUGAUUGAAAAUUAUAAUGACAUAUAUUUAAUGAGUUAAAAACUCAUAGAACAUGUUAGUUAAAAUGGACAAAAUUGUUUUAUUUUCAUGCCAAAACUAUGAUAUGUAGGUGUAUUAAUGUUUUAUGAAGUACUACUACUAAAGGUGUUUACUUAAUUGAAAACCUUUGCAGUUAUUUGUUGUUAAAAUUCAGUAUGUAUAAAUUAAAAUUCUCCAACAGGUGCAACUUUAAUGCAUGAUACGUAUGUCAAGUUAAACUGCAAAAUUAUGUAUCCCACUAGAACUAAAUUUUACAGGAGAGCCAAAAAACUGGAUACGCUUUCAGAGUUUCAAGUUAGACUGGAUAAUUUAUCUAAUUUUAUGUCUUAUUUUAUCAUUACAAUAAAGAGUGUUUCAUAAUUUUUAUGGUUUUUAGGUAUGUGGUGUACAUCUCUUUGCCUCAAUAUUACAAAUGAUUGGUAUUCAACGUUUUGUGUUUAUAAAAUUAAGCAGGAAAACAUUUUUGAAAUAUGACAUUUUGUAAGAAGUAUUCUUAGGCAAUAAAUUUAUUGGUCAUAAUCUUAAUUUCAUAGAUUAUGUGGGUUUUGAAAUUUUGCAGUUUCAUGAACAUUGUUAUAAAUGUGUUCACCAUCUAGUCACUAUUGAAUUAAUGUUGUUUAAUAAAAGGUAUAAUUAUCUAAAAAAUAAGUGAAUCCUGUUUUACUGUCAACACACUUUAAAAUUUAUUUCACUGGGGAAAUAUUCAUGUAACAAUUUACAUAUUCUGAAACUUUUGUUUCAUUUCGAAAAACAAUAUUCUUGAAAACUUGAAAUUUCGUACUGCUUGAUAAUAAAGGCACACAGAUGGUGUAGGAAAUAUGUUUUAUACUUUUAAAAAU